UAGAAGAAGAAGAAAGAAGUUUAAACACUGGUAACGCUGCCAGGCAGGAGUGUACGUAUGUGUACGUGUGGUAUGAAACAACAGGUGGGAUAUAAUUUGAGUUAAGCAGAGAAAUAUCGACAUUACAAAAAAUGUUGGCUGGUGACCGUGACUGUUACCGAAGAGCCGAGGAGCGUACUAAAAAAAAAGAAUCAUCGUUCCUUGGUGAUAUCUAUCUUGACGCGAACACAACCUUUGGCGAAGUGGCCCGGAUGAUCUUUGUAAGGGGGGAAGAGACCUGCGAAGUGGGCGUUUCCGUAUCGCUCUUUUAAAUUUCUUUCAGGAAGUAAGUCAGACUUGUUGCCGUGCGGUGAAAUGAGCUCGAGACUGUAACACACCAACGACUCUAGUCCGGGAGAGAACACGUCGAAGGUGAACCUGUGCGGCUGGACGCCAUGUCGGAUGCUUUGGACCGGUCCACCAGGCUCAGCCUGCUGAAGGAGCCGCUGGUGAAGAAGCUCUGCGAGGUGUUGGACAAAUCCAGCAAUAAGGGAUGGCGGAGGCUGGGAGAGAUAGUCGCCAAUGACAGACGGUUCAGAGUCAGCCCAGACGACAUGGAGAUGUGCUCCCUGAAGGUGCUGCAGCUGGAGGGGAGCCCGAGCCGCACGCUGCUGAGGCUGAUGGGGGACCGAGGCUGCACGGCGGGUCACCUGCUCGACUACCUUCAGACUCUGGGCAACUCGGAAGCCCUGCAGUGCCUGAAACCUUCGGCCCUGCAGAUCCUCAUCCAGCCCCAGUCGGUGGCUCUCAUAUCUGGACACAAUCUCCGCCUGAGCUGCCACGCUGUGGGCAAAUCUCCAGUUCAGUACCAGUGGUUCAAGAGCAAGGAAGAGGUGCCGAACAGCUUCUACUCGGACCUGGUGAUAAGCCCCGUCUACCUGAAGGACGCCGGCUUCUACAUCUGCAGGGUCAACUGCGGGGGGACUUUUGAGUUCAGCCAGUGGGUCCAAGUGGACGUGCUGAAUGUCAGCGUGUCAUGCGGGCAGGGUUAUCACUCCCUGGAGGGUCGGCUGAAGUUGGUGAUCCAGCCUCAGUCCCAGCGGACAUACGUUGGGGAAACCCUGCAGAUGGAGUGUGGCGCCGUGGGACGGCCCAUCCCUCGAUACCAGUGGCACAGAAAUGGAGCCCCGGUACCCAACGCCACCAGGAGGAAAUUAGCGAUCCCUCACUCGACGCAGGAUCACGCCGGCAGGUAUCGCUGCGAGAUCAGCAGCAGCACGGAGAGGAUGUGGACCAACGAAGUCGACGUCGCGAUCGCACCGCGGAUAUCCGUCCAGAUAUCAGAGGCAAUGGAGUGCUCCGAAGAUGAUGUUUACGCCAUCGGAGGAGUUUUGGGAUCGAGUGAGUUUCUCCUGAAUAACGUUCCAGAACAACUUUACGCUACGGACAAAGUGGCGCUGCUGAUCGGCAACCUGUCCUACCAGAACCACCCGCGGCUCAAAGCUCCCAUGGUGGACGUGUACGACCUCACCAACCUGCUGCGGCAGCUGAACUUCCAGGUCGUCUCCCUGCUCGACCUCACCGAGUCGGAGAUGAGGAACGCCGUGGACGAGUUCCUGUCGCUGCUCCACAAGGGAGUCUACGGUCUGCUGUACUACGCCGGUCACGGAUACGAGAACUACGGCAACAGCUUCAUGGUGCCGGUAGACGCGCCGAGCCCGUACCGGUCGGCCAACUGUUUGUGCGUGCAGAGCAUCCUCAAGCUGAUGCAGGAGAAGGAGACGGGACUCAACGUCUUCCUGCUGGACAUGUGCAGGAAGAGGAAUAUUCACGACGACAGCGCUCCCAACAUCGUCCUGAGGGUCACGGCCAACAUCGUCUUCGGCUACGCUACGUGCCAGGACGCCGAGGCGUUCGAGCUGAGCUCCAGCGGCCUCACCAACGGCGUGUUCGUCAAGUUUCUGAAGAGGCGCCUCCUCGACGACGAGAAGAUCACCGUGGUGCUGGACAGAGUCGCCGAGGACAUGGGUCAGUUUGACGCCACGAAGGGAAAGCAGGCUCUGGAGAUCCGCAGCAGCCUGUCGGACAGGAGGGCGCUGACCGACCCUAUCCUGCCCGGCGACAGCGCCGAUCUCGCUCACGCUCGCAGCCUCCAGUGGGCGAAGGCUCACGAGCUCCCUGAGAGCAUGUGUCUGAACUUUGACUGCGGCGCUCAGAUCAAGUUGGGCUUUGCUGCAGAGUUCUCCAACGUGCUCGUCAUCUACACCCACAUCGUUAAGAAGCCAGAGGACAUGUCCUUCCUCCAGGCACACGUCACCGACUUCUCACAGGACCUGGACGUUGAUCCUAAGGAGAUGAACAGAGAGACUCCAGAGGAGACGGGGAUCUACCUGCUGUCCAGCAACUUGCCGCAGCACUGCCUCUACACGCGAGUCAGCUCACUGCAGAAGCUCCGGGAGGAGCUGGUCUUCACCGUGUGCCUUCAGGGCACCUUCACCGCCAUGGACGACGAAUCCGUCCACUGGACCAAAAGCGUCGACAUUGGCAAGCCGCUGAUCGCCCGGCUGGACCUGAACCGGGCCGUGCGGCGGAACAGCUGCCUGCAGACGUGCAUGAUGCCCCACAGCCCGUCCCACAGCCCCUGCCACAGCCCCGGGCCCGAGCACCACCACCACCACCAUUGCGGGUCGCCGCAGGACCACAACCGCCUGUUGCCACAAGGCCACUACCUGGACGUCCACGAGCACCAGGGAGCGGUGGGGGUCUGCGGGGAUUCCCUGUACGUGGGCCAAUCUCACUCAGAAGCCGCGUGCGACUCCAGCUGUGGGCUCUCCAGCUCCCCGGGGAGGCUCAGCGUCCCCAUAGAGGCCACGGACGACAUCCACGAGCUGCAGACGGUGUUCAUCAACAGCCUGCAGCUUCAGCAGCAGUGAAAGCUUCUUACGUCCACGCCUACUUUGUAUCAUUUCUUUUUAGGAAUAUUAUAUUCUUCCAGUUAUCAGCAUUUUUGUUCCUCAACAAACGGUAUCUUGACUAUGUGAAGAAGAGCACAAGGUAAACGGCAAGAAAAAGAUGCUGGAAGGUUUUUGUCAUGAACAGAUAUGAAAUACCUCUUACUAAUAUUUGUAUAACAAUAGGAGCUAAACGCGUUGCAUGAAGACCAAGAUGAUACGGGUUCAAGCAGUCUGCGCAUUUUAACAUUUGUUCACGUCACGAGUCUCAAAAAUGCUUUGUAGUCAGUGGAAAUAUCAGACAUGUCUCAAGCCACAGUUAUUAUUCUUCUGUUUGUCUGUCGUACCAGAAGGCCUCUUUGUUAGAACUCACUUCCACCAGCUGCCUUGUUUCCUCCUUCAGUCUCAAUCUGCUCCUCAGGGAAACUUCAGUGAGUUUCGUGCAGAGAUUCAGGCCACUGUUCACUUUAUUAUCCCCGACAAGUUAACGUGGCUACUUGUGGACUGUGCUCUGCCCGCUUUAGGACGUCAGUCUUUGGGUUUGAGAACAACAUCUGUAACAUUUGUAACAAGGUCACCAUAAGGACAGACAGAAUGUGCUGCUCCGCGGUCCUUUCUCAUAUUAUUCAUUUCAUACAUGAGACAAUGUGGCAAAUGCAGAACUGAUUGAGUUGCGUCCCUGCUCAACCCCGUAGGACAAAGCACGAGCAGAGCAAGUGAUUCAAAACCUUUCUUGCUUUUUACGUGCUUUCUGUAAUACUGACAACUUCUUGAGAAACGAGGAGAAAAGACACAAAAAGAAAGUUGACAAACUGGUGUAGAGACAGAAUGGGAAUGUACGGAUGAAGACAGAAAAGAGCACCGCGAAGAGCCGUAUAACAACUAAAGUAAACUGAAGGACGGUGUGUGAUGAAGAUUGUGUGCAUUUAGCAUGUGUUACUCAGUGUUAUUAUAAACAUAAUAUAAUAUGA